AUGCCGUAUUGUGCUGUUUAUAAUUGUUCAACCUCUUCAAAAGUGGACAAAAAUGUGUCAUUUUUUCGCUUCCCAAAAGAUGCAGGUCUUCAAAAAGCAUGGGUACAUUACUGUCGUAGAAGAGACCUUACAUUAACCAAAUACAGUAAAAUAUGUGAGAAACACUUUACGCCAGAUCAGUAUUCUCGUUAUCCACCCCGGUUAGCUGAAUUAGGUUAUCCUAAUGCUCGUGCUCAGUUAAAAGAUGAUGCUGUACCCGAUGUUGAGUGGCCUACCCAAGGUGAAUGUUCAACUUCAUCAAAUACUGAGAAAAAACCAUCUGGGUAUGGUGCAUAUAGAAAGCGACAAAGACUUCAGGUAUUAAAAGAGGCUAUGAUAGAAAGUGAUGAUACUGAUCUCAGUGAUCAUAAUGUUGCAGAAGAAAGUGUAAAUGUAGAUGCAGAUGUUUCUGAAACUCAAGCAGUAACCCCUUCAUCUGUGAGUAAUGUUUCUGCAGAAUUUGAGCCAUCAACAGUUGAUAAAGCCAUCCAGGUGUUUAUUCCUGACAUUAAAGUCAAAACAAAAACAAGAAGAAUACAAACAGGAAAGUCAAAAAUAGGUUUCAAGACAGUUGAUGCUGAAGUUCAGUGCAGUGAAAUUCAAUACUGUGUUAAGUGUGGUCACACUGGUCUAGAAGACAAUACAAAUAAUGCAGAAAGUCAAGAAGAUGAAAGCGAUAUUGAUGAGUGUAUGGGGGAUGAUGAAAGUUCUAAUGGGGAUUAGGAUAACAGAGAUGUAGACCCUAGCUGAUUUUGAAGAUUCAGAUUUGGGUGAGGAGUCAGAUGAGGACGAGACUUGUAAUUACAGAUUAGAUGAAACAGAUAAUCCAUCAGAGGAGAAAUAUUAUAUUGUGUCAGAA